CAUUACUGGGUAGAUUGCAGAGAGAUUAACCAUGUCAACUUGUACUGUAAAGUCAGCUUUCUUCAUAUUGUGAGAAAACUCCGUGCAUGCAUGACGUCUGAAUGUCUUCUAGAGCCAACAAAGCGGUGGGGAUUAAGACCGAAGUGCUUAAUGACUUAGCAAGUCGCUUCCUGAUCAAUAUUUCCGAGGAGGACCGUAAAGAUGUGUUCAAACUCUGCUCUCAAGUUGAACUGGCUCACUGGUUUUAUUUGGACCUGGUUCGGCCAGAAGACCACUCCCUCCCGGCUUGUAGCUUCAAAGAAUUCAUGGCUACUAUAUUUCAUCAUUGUCCCUUCCUAGUGGACCACUCAAUGAGCAAGAACCUGGAUUCUCUUAUAACCCAAUGGAAGGCACACAAGUACAAGAAGCCAGUGAGAGGAGGCAUAAUUCUCAACAAAGACCUAACAAAGUGCCUCCUGGUGAGGGGCUACCCUGCGUCCACUUCAUGGGGAUUCCCUAAGGGCAAACUGGAGGAGGGAGAGGACGAUGUGGACACUGCCGUUAGAGAGGUGUACGAGGAGACGGGCUUCGACACUCGCGGCAUCAUCAAAAGGACCCUAUAUCUGGAGGCAACAAUUAACGACAGUCACUCCAGAAUGUACAUCAUCCCUGGGGUGUCUGAGAGCACACUUUUUGAACCCAAAACAAGGAAGGAGAUUAGAGAUAUCCAAUGGUUCAGUGUGUAUGAUCUGCCAGUGCACAGGAAGGACGUCACCUCCAAGUUGGCAAUCAAAAAUCCCAACAAUUUUUUUCUCGUGAUUCCUUUUAUUAGCAAAUUGCGUAAAUGGGUAGCUGGACAACCUAAGAAGAAGCGAUCGAUCUCAGCUUCUUUCAACUCUUCACCUAACGCUAACCGCAAAUCGACAGUUGAGACCACACCCACUGCCCCUCCAAGACCAUCUCACUCGUCUCCACUCCUCCCCACCCCACACACUAACAUUCCUCCGAUUCCUUACCCGUCUCCACACCCUCACACUCCACCCCAGGCACACCACUCACUCCCCGCCCCCUUACGACAGUCUCAGACGGGCCAGUUCUACCAAGGCUCCCCCCAAUACACUACUGUCUACCCCCCACACAUUGCCUACGCCAAUCACAACAGACCACCUCAGCAAGUUGUUCUCCUGCCCACCCCCCACGGAACAGUGACCCCCCACAGAGCUGUGAUCCUUCACGGAUUAGUAACUCCCCACGGAACAGUGACCCCACACAGAGCAGUGACCCCCCACCAAACAGCGACUCCCCACCGACAGGUCGUCAGAGAGCAGCUACACGGAGGACAUAAUGUUAACGUUGGUGACGUUCUUCUGAGACCCUCAAUGAACAUGACACAGUUUCAGUUUCAACGAGAAAGGAUUAUAACAAUACAGUAAACAAGAACAUGGCAACUUAAGUUGAUUUAGAAGUAGAAUUUUCUUUUCGUUUUCUCAUUUUUUACAUCUGUUUUGCAUAAAUCAUACGUGUAUACAUACGAUGAUAGCUGAA